GAAAAACAAAGAAGAGAGCGCCACGUAAAAUGUCGAGCAAGUUCCUGAACGACAAAAAGAAAAAGCUACAGGCGUUCAAGAACACGACCAAUGCCACUGACUCGAUGGCCAAAUCGUACCUAGAAAAGUUCAGCUGGGACCUAAUGCGUGCUGUUGACGAGUUCUACGCCAACGGCGGCGAAAGUAACGCACCAGUGAGAAAGACGACGGUCUCCAUGGAUGCGGUGAACGCGUGGUUUGAUAGCUAUAUAGACCCCGAUGACGACGAAGACACGAUCAAUGAGGAAGGCAUUCUUAAGUUUUGCGAAGACAUCGGCAUAGACCCUCAGGACCUGGUGGUGUUGGUGAUCGCUUGGAAAAUGCAAGCAGCCUACAUGUGCGCGUUUACGCGUAAGGAGUGGCAGAAGGGCAUGCAAGAGAUGGACUGCGACUCGGCCGCCAAGCUGAAGGCGAAGAUUCCGCAGCUGCGCGAAUCCAUCGCGAGCGAGAGCGAGUUCAAGAAGUUCUACUGCUUCUGCUUCGGUUUCUCCAAAGAGCCUGGCCAGAAGAGCCUCAGCAUAGACAUCGCCGUGGCUAUGUGGGAUCUGCUUUUGCCUACGCGCUUCGAAAAGCUCACAGCGAGCUGGCUGGCGUUCCUGGCCGAGAAGAAGCCCGUCAAGGGCGUGACUCGCGACACGUGGGACCUACUCUUCGACUUCUUCGCAAAAGUGCGCGAGUCCUACGACAACUACGACGAGAACGAGGCCUGGCCCGUGCUCAUCGACGACUACAUGAUGUGGAUAGACAGCAAGAAGUAG